AAUCGGCCGACGGGAGCAGCAAGGCGGCAAGGACCCUCUGCUCUCACCUUCCUUCAAUUGAGGCCACUUGCUUAGUCUGCGUCAGGUGUCGAGAUGAAGCUGCUGGUGCUGAUCGCCGUGCUCGUGGCUUGCGCCGCCGCAGCCUCCACUCUCAAUCAGUUGCCACGCAGCAAAAAUGUAUCAAAGGGAUCAUUUCGUUGCAAAGCUCCGCCUGUCUCGCCGCAGAAAGUGGAAAAAGUCAUCAACCAAUGUCAGGACGAGGUCAAAUUAGCCAUCAUCCAGGAGGCCUUGGAAAGCUUGCAAGAGGUGAAGGAAGAAGAGCAAAAACAGCAGGGCAUUCAAAGAGUGAAGCGCCAGGUUUUCUCCAAGGACGAGAAGAAAAUCGCUGGGUGUCUGCUGCAGUGCGUCUACCGGCAGGUGAAAGCGGUGGAUCAGCUCGGGUUUCCUGAGACGCAGGGAUUGAUCAAGUUGUACACCGAAGGCGGAGACGACCCAGAAUACAUCUCUGCCACCACGAGAGCGGUCCAUGCGUGCCUGGCAAUCUCGAGCAGAGUUAUUGCCGAAAGAUACCAAGAGCCUGGUCUUGCCUGUGAUGUUUCAUAUGACGUGUUUGAGUGCGUCACCAACAAAGUUGCCGAGUACUGCGGCACAAUUUGAGCGACGGGAAAACUAUAGGCGGACUUGCUUUUCAUCUCAUCCGAAGGAAAUUGAUUCUUCACGAUUGCUCUCUCACAUCUCGAUUGACUAUCGCUUAUUUCACUUUGUUUAAUAUUUAUUAUAUUGUGUACCAUUCUCGCAGAUAUUUUUAUCUGAAAUCAAAUCGUGCUCGAAAACAUUUCAAUUUCACAUUCAAGUUCCUUGGUUAAUCUAUGAGCUGCCUUUUGAUCUGUUACAAAUUGCACAAAGCAAGUGAAUUUUCACCUUAGAAGCCAUGUUGUUUUUAAUUAAAUUUGAACAAAUGAAAAGUUACAGUAACCUUUUAUUUAUU